AUGAGCUUUUCUUUGACAGACCGUCUUGUCGAACUAAAUGACGCCCGAGAAAAAGGGCUCAUAACUGAAGGAGAAUAUAAAACUUUCAGAACUCGUAUUUUAGAAUCAUUUUCACAAGUAUCUUCCACAAAUGCUACGACUACUACUGCUAGCUGUCGGCCUGCCCCGCCGCCAAUUCCACCUCCGCGUUCAUUAACUAGCUCCACCACAAAUGCAGCUUUGCCUUCAUCUCAAAUAUUUAUCCCCCUGCUGCCAUCUCACUCGAACGCGGCGGUUACCAUGCCGAAUUCGCCUCCGCCUUCUCCUCAACCACACUCAAGUGCCGCAGUGCCAUUACCGUCGGGUAUUCCACAAAAUAGAAUUUUACCUGACGCGGUAUUACAAAAAAGAAGAAAUGUACGAUCAUUUACCAUUUCUGAGAUUCCUUCAGAUCAACAACAGCAUGAUAAUAUUCAAGAAUUCGAGCAUUCAUUACCAGAAAUACCGCCGCCUCCUUAUACACCUCCAGAAACAAGAAGACGUCGAUCUUCAAGUUUUUUUAGACCAAAAUCCGCAACAGAACUCCGUAAAGAAUUGGACAAACUUAAAGAGGACGCAAAGCGGGAACAAGAUUCUUGGAAGAUGGAAGAAGCGCGAUUAUCCAUGAGAAUGGGCACAAAACCCGAGGAAAUUGAACGAAUUCGAAAAAGAAUGAGAGAUUCUGCAGAAAAAUAUAAGAAAAAGAUUGACGUGGUCAGUUCGAAACUGAGACAGGCUAUGAUUGUUGAACAAGAUUUUCGUUGA